AUGUGUUCGCUUGGUGUUUGUAAUUUUCAAAAUAAAUAUUGUGGUUGUCAAACUUAUAAGGAAGAUGAGAAUAAUCCAGAGAAAUGUUUUUAUUGCAAUCAUUAUAAUGCGUUUCAUACCGGUUUUUCGCCUCCACCUCAAAAUACUUCAACGCCAUUAUUGGGAACUUGUCAAAAAGAUGGGGUUUCUUGUGGAUGUCAAGCUUUUGUCGCUAAUCCUAAUAACGAAUUAAAGUGCAAAUAUUGUGAUCAUUUUACUGCAUUUCACAAGUAUACUUCUCCAGAUAGCUCUCCUUUAUCUUCUAGCUUGACUAAUAUAGAAAGUAAUUUGUCAUCAUCCUUGUUGUCAUCAUCAUCAAAUAUUAAUACUUCUGCUGGAGAUUCUAGGUUCAGAGAUGAAGCCAUUAAAAAUAGGUCUAUGCCUAUUAUUAAAAAGAGAAAAAGAAAUCAAAGAUUUCGUAAUCAAAAUUCACCUAAUACUAUUGCUUCUAGAGGUCGUCCUGCUAACGUAUCACUUGGUCUUAAUCACUUAUUAUUGUUUACACAAGAAAGUUGGGAAAAUAAUUCAGCUCCAAGAGAAAAUACCUCGGCUUGGAUUGAAAUGAGAGAUAAUGGUCUUAUUAUUGAAAAUGUAUUAUUUAAUGAAAAUACUGCUGAAGCUAUUAAUGCUUUAAUUACUCGUUCUUUUCCAUCCGUUAAUGAAUAUAAUUGGAUUAUAUUAAACGGUUCUACAAGUAAAUUAAAAGCUGCUACCAGUCAGGAAAAAUCUUUAAAGAAUUUUAGAGAAAAUAUGUCAAAGAGCAACAAAAGAUUAUACCUUGCUUUAACAUCAAAUAAUUCUAGCGAAACAGAGGCGGAUAAUAAUCAUGAUGAAGAUUUUGAAAUUAAAAGCGAAUGCACUGAUUGA